AAAAUAAUGGAAACCGAUUUGUCCGACAGCAGUAAACGCACCAUCUAGGGUCGUGUGCAACAUUUGUAGCGCGAAUAGUGCUUCUAACCUACGGAGAGGGAACUUUGAGUUAAUGAAGAAAUGGCUGCUCACAACUACAUCGCUAUUUCAGAGCUUCAUCCCAACUUCUCUCAUCCAAAUGUGGCAGGAAUCCUCAUUGGAAAAACUGAUGUCAGAAGUUUCCCUGACAGAAAAAAUCCUGAGAAAGAACGAUUCACUUUUGGCUUCACUAUAAGAGACUCUCCUGAUUUCUUCAUUAAUGUGACAGCCUGGGGAAAUGAUGGAUUUAUCAACGGGCUUGCCAGCAGCUUCAGCAUCGGAGACUGUGUCACAAUUGAAAAUCCUUUAGUCUCCAACAAAGACCCAGAUAAAGGAGACAAGUUCUGUCCUACAACACCCAGCCCUUACAGGCUGCUGGUGACCGAGGCUCACUCCCAGGUGCACCUGUGUGCCGACACGACCACCAUUGAUAGGCUGCUGCCUCUGAUUCACCUCCCUGUUAAGGACUCCAGAGAUUUUUACUCUCUGGGAGACAUUGUGGCCAAUGGGCAACAAUUAGAUGGCACAGUGAUAAAUGUGCUGGCUGCAGUGAAACAGAUCGGAGAUGCUAAACAGUUCACCACUUCAGACGGUCGCAGAGGGCAGCGGCUGGAGGUGAAGCUGUUUGAUGACUCGGUCUCAUCAUUUCCUCUCGUCUGCUGGGACCGGGAGACCAUUCUUCUCAUGCAGACUUUGGUGCCCAGAGAGACGGUGCUCUUCAUAGCAGAGGCCAAGAUGAGCUUUGACAGCUUUCGCAGCAGCAUGGUGGCAACUGUUAACUCAAAAAGCAUCAUCACUGUCAAUCCUGACACGAGAGAGGCCAGCUUGUUGUUCAGCUACGCUAAAGAAGUCUCUGAGUUUGGAGUUCUGGACCAGGAUGAGGCAUCGGAGGAUUUGCCUGUGGAGUCCAUCACGGAUGUGUACACGGUUAGCCAGCUGAAGGAGAAAGCCAAAGAGCACCCCGAGGCCUUCUUUGGCAUCACGUACUGCUUUAUCUCCAAGUUUGACCUCGACUCAUCUGUUUCAAAGGUCAUAAAGACGCGGUGCUCCAAAUGUAGGUUCCAGGUGAUUGAGGACAUCCAGAUGUGCACCAACCAGCUGUGCCCAGGGAAGGAUCAAGCUCUUUCAGCCUCGACAGACUUUGACUUGCUGGUGGACUUCACAGACCACACUGGCACCAUGCAGGUCUGCAGCCUCAGAGGCCCGGUGGCAGAGAAGACACUCGGCUGCACGACAGACGAGUUCACUCGUCUGACUGAUGAUCAGCGAACUGCUCUGAAAUGGAGGCUUCUUUUGGAAAGGUGCAAAAUAUAUGUGAAGAUCGUUCCUUCUACUAAGAUGAAGAGCGGGAUCAGAGGGGCGAUCCUGUCCUGCUCGCUGGCGGAUCCGGGAGAGGUGAAGCAGCACAUGUCGGCUCUGCUGCAGCAUGUUUAAUCAGCAGAUGUUCAGCACAUCUGUUCCUGUCAGCCUGGGUCAUCACAGUUCUGUUUGGCUCAGAUGGUGCUCGGAGGAUGUGGGUUUUGUGUAUUAACGAUAAUUUAUGUAUCCACAAUAUUUAUUUAUUUAACUUAAUGUAUUUAUUCAUGUUAUUAAAGUGUUUGAUAAAUGUUAAAAUAAACAUCUGUUUAAAAGCAGUGUGCUGAUAAUAUCCUGUGAGAUCAUGUUUACUCUUCUGUUGCAUUAAUGUCAAUAAUCAGCCAGUGAGUUAAAAAGAUUGUUUUCUAAUUAAAACCUUAAAACAUUUCAAUUAGUGGGUUUAUUCUACUUUAAACAAUUCGUAUUCAGUGGAGGAUUGAAGCUGCUAAUUUUAAGAAUAAAUAAGCUUAUGAAGGCAAAAUAGUAGUUAUUAAAUGUAAAACCACUAUAUGUAGGUUUAUUAUGAGACAAUAAAAAAUUACAGAAUAUUUAUAUAUGAAAUAAAGACAAAUUCAAUAGACAACAAGAGGGGUAAUGUUACUAUUAAAGAGUACAAAUGGUAG